AUGUGUUUUUUCCCUGUACCUUCACACAUCGUCUUCUUUUUAUUCAUUGGUUGUAAUACAGAUCCUACGAGAACUCGAGACUGUCAUUGUGGUUCGCUUUACAUUGCUUUGUUACAUACAUAUAUAUCUUUCUACCUUAUAAAAAUUGUAGAAAACUCUCAUUUUGGCCACCAAUACUACAAGUGUUUGUUGUUGUUAUCUUUUGAACAGAAACUUAAAAUGGAUGAGAAACAAGCAGAUAAUGUUACCACUGAUGUAUUAAAACAACAAAUGAAUAACAACAGCAGUAACAACAAUAAUAGCAACAUUGAUAACAAUGUGGUGGUACCGAUACCUGUACCGAUGAAUGGAAUGCAACCGUUGGAUCUAUUAGGAUUAGAUAAACAGAAACAACAGGAAUCAAAUAUGAUUGAAAAUGGUCAACAUGCAAGAUCCCCACUUGCUGCUAUGAAUUAUAAUGCAAACCCAACAAUUCGUAGCCAGAGUAAUACUAACACGAAUGCAAAUGCAAAUGCAAAUGUGAAUGUUGGGAAUGAUAUUUCAAGUGUAAAUAGUUUACCAAAUUUGAAUAUACGGCAAUUUACUAGGAACGCCAAUGUGACACCAUCCUUGUCAAUAUCUUCAACAAACACAGAAUCUACUUCGAAUCGAUUGAGAUUGUUUCAAAGAAUGGAAGAAUUAUCUGCUAGGCUGAUCGCUAUGGAGGAACAAUUUCAGAAUUUGACAGGCAAAAUGGAACAACAGACAUCAAUGAUAUCGAAUUUAAAAAUAUCAAUGACUCAAAUUCUUCAAUCCACUAUCAACGACCAAUUUAAAGUGUUACAAAAACAAAAUGAAACAAUGUUUAAUAAUCACUUCCAUAGAUUGAUCACUUUACAACAAUCAAUACAACCUCAACAAGAAGAUGAAACGAAAUUUGCUCUUGAUUUACUUAAUUCCAUAUCUAACAUCAGUGCAAAUUAUUUAGCACAUCGUCAACAAGGAUUCGUAGGUAAUGGUGUUUCGAUUCAUACUCAAGAUGGUCAACCUUCACCUCUUAAUAAAUCCAAUACAAAUUCAAACUCUAGAAUAAAUUUACAUUCUUCAAAUAGUAAGUCAAAUCUCAAAGAUAAUAACACUUCCAGUAGUAACAACACUUCGCCAUUGUAUCAAUUACCUUCCUUCACAAAUAGAAACAAGACAUUUACAUUGAACCCCAACGGAAUCAAGAAGAGGAAGAGACAUCAUCACAGCAACACCAAUAAUAAUAAUAGUAAUAAUAAUAAUAAUAAUAAUAAUAAUAAUAGCAAUAACAAUAACAGUAAUAAUAACAGUAAUAAUAAUAAUAAUCCCCAUCAAAAUGAAAAUCUACAUCCAAAUAAAUUAAAUAAAACUACACCAAAUUUCCAAAGCAGUGCACCACCUGCGGACUUAUUAAAUAUGCCAAUCAUCUUACCCACCGACCCAUUCACUGGGCUUGCUCCAUUAGUUCAAAAUCCAGUUACUAACCCAAUUGUUCCUGUACCGGCUCAUAUAAUAAAUGGUAAUACUAGAGCUAACCAUCCAAACGGUAUUCCAACUUUACCUCAAACAUUACAGGUUCCUAUAACUUUAUCUCGUAAUAAUACCAAUGGAACUGUAAAGAACGGAAAUGAUAGAACUACUGCGAAUGGUAAUAAUAACAAUUCGCUGCAACAAGAUCAAACAAACGUUUCAACAUCAAUUGCUUUACCAAUAUCAAUGCAAUUACCUCUUCCAUCACAUGGACAACCUCAAAUCGCUAAUACAAAUGCAACUUCAAUACAUAAGGAAUCUAAAAAUAAGAAUAAUCAGGAAGAUGACGACGAUGACGAUGGGUAUCAGGAAGAUGAUGAGAGUGAUAAUGUAAAUGCUAAUGGGAACAAAAUCGGUUCUACUGAUUUCUCAAAGGAUGCCACUUCGAAAGGUAAUAGUGCUAGGGGUAUCCCUAAUGACGAUGAGGAUGAGGAUGAUGAUGAGAAUGAGGAAUAUGAUGAAGAAGAUGAUGAAGAUGAUGAUAUGGAUGACGAAAACUUCGAAGAGGAUGAAGUUGAUGAAGAUAUAAAUGGUGCAAGGGGCAAAAAUAAGAAAACAAAUCCCGUCAAGAAGACUGUUGCAGCCAAGAAGAAACGUAUAAUUAAAAAGAUAAUAGAUGGUCCCAAGGAGUCUCCAAGAAAGGAUGAUUCGAAGAAAACAGAGCCUGCAAAUGAUACAGAUAUUAAUAGCGAAAUUAACUAUACUCUUAUCAAAGCUCCUAAUAAUGUUAGAACUAUAUGGGAAGAAUAUGUUUAUGGCAUAGAUGGUAAUCCAUCUAUUCGUGGUCUAGAAGAAAAAUAUGGUAAUAAAUGGAGACUCACGAAGAAUCGUAAGACUUUCUCCCGUAGAAAAAGAUUAUAUAAAUUCAUUCUGAAUGGUAUAGAUAAAGGUAAGACGGCAGAUGAAAUGAUGAAAACGUUAGAGGAGAAACGUCUAUAUAAGGAUGAAAAUGGUGAGAUCAAAAGAAGGACCAUCGGAUGGCUUCAACAGAGUCUCACUGGUAUCUGA